AUGCCCCAGGCUCCCAUGGUACACGUAGGGAUUUCUUCUCGUUCUAAAAUGCCUAAGAAAAAGAUAGUUGGUACUAUUGAGACCGUUAUUACUGGCAUGAUAGAUGUUUUUCAUACUAGUUAUCACAACACUAAAAACGUCCCUAUUUCACCAAAGGACUUGGUAGUUAUAGAUGAAUGUGGUCUUUCUUCUCACAGAUUCUGGAUUUACUCUUUUCAUAUACUAGCUCCUUCAUUUUCUUUUUCCGGAUACCAAGAAGCAUCUAUUUUUCUUGAUAAUGUGACCUUACGUGUACCAAAAAAGAUUCAACAGUACUUGUUUCUCCCUUGUAGCCCUCCUAUUCAGUAUAUUCGUAUCCUUGACUCUACAUUUCCAGAUGACGCUAAAAACAAAAAAAUUUCAUCAUAUAGCCGUUACUUAGGGACUGCUACUGAUAUUCCCCAGAAUGGACUUUUUGUUAACCAUUUUCCGGACUUAAAGGUUGAUAGCGUUUCACAAACAACUAAUGCGAUUGAUGAAAAUAUUCCGGAGAUUGUUGACUCUUUAGAAAAGGACAACCACGAAAACACUGUUACAAAUGAGAUUGAUGGGGACAACUUUAACGAGGAUAGCAUGCCUGAAACUGAAGAAGAUGUUAUUUCAUCUAUCAUUGAAACACGAAGUAUUGGACACGACAUGCCAAUUUCCGACAAAACUGAUACAUCAGUUAAUGAUAAUGUUCACGGGAUGGAAAAAAUAUUACAUGAAAAAUCUGACAAUCAUAUAUCAAAAAUAUGUUUCGGAUUUAUAUAUUAUAUGACAAUCACAUAUCAAGCAUAUAUUAGAAAUAUGAUUAGAAAUUCAUAUGACAACCAUAUAUCAAACAUGUAUUAA